UUUAUUUUGUCCGGUUUCGUUGUUUCUACUUCUCCCUCUCUCCCUCUUUCCCCUAAUUUCAUUUUCUCUGACCUCUUUUGUAGAUUCUUCAUUGUUAAGAUUCUUCUUCCUUUUUUAUCUUCAAUCCGUUUCGAAGAAAACCCUCAAUCCCCUUCGCUUUUCAGAUCUGUAAAACGCGGUCGGAAACUGCGAAAUCCGAUCUCGUAGAGGUGGAGAUUUUCCGCUGUAAAUCCGAAAGCGCGAGGUUGUGAAGAAGAAAAGCAUGGCGGAAGAGCACCGAUGCCAAGCACCUGAAGGCCACCGUCUCUGCGCCAAUAAUUGCGGCUUCUUCGGUAGCCCAGCUACCAUGGAUCUCUGCUCCAAAUGUUACAGAGACAUCCGCCUUAAAGAACAAGAACAAGCCUCCACCAAAUCCACCAUCGAAGCCGCUCUCUCGGCCUCAUCAUCUCCUUCACCCUCCUCUUCCUCAAUCGAUCCUCCUCCCGUUCCUCCUGUUGUCGCCGAGUCCUCGCCGGACGCCACCACAGAACUGACCAUCCCCGCCCUUGCGGCGGUCGGAUCUGAGGCUACGAACCAACCGAACCCGAACCCGAACCGUUGUUCAUCGUGCCGUAAGAAGGUGGGUUUGACCGGGUUCAGAUGCAGAUGCGGAACUACCUUCUGUGGGGCUCAUAGGUACCCGGAGAAACACGGGUGCACCUUCGAUUUCAAGUCAAUCGGAAGGGAGGAGAUCGCUAGAGCGAACCCCAUCGUCAAAGCCGAUAAACUGGAGAGGAUUUGAUCGAUUUCUUAGGCCCUUACAACUCUACGACGUGACGAUUGAGAGCAAAUUUCUCGCUGGCAGAAUAUCCAAUCACCUCUCCCGCCGUCGAGCUCUCUCUCAGCUGUUCCCGUUCACCGUCGCACUCGAUGAUGAAGAUGCUGCUGCUCUCUCCUCCUCUAUCUCUCUCGCUACGAUAUAAAAAUAAGUGUGGAAGAUGGGUUUUUUUGUAAAAAAAGGUUUUCAGUUUUUUUUUUCCCUUUUGGUUUGAGAAUUGAAAGUAUUGAUCUUUACUUCCAUUGAAUGGUGUUCGUCUUUCUUCUCUGCAGAAAUCCAUCGAGCUUCGAACUUCAUAG